AGGACAAGGAUCGAGCAUAUUCUUAUGUUUGUAAAUAAAACCACGUGAUUAUAAAGUAUGCACAUCGACGCAGUUUGUGUGCAACCAUUAAAUAUGGUGUACAAUAGAUUUAAAAAAAAGUACAAAAUGGACAGGAGAGAGUUGAGAAACUACGUGGACAUGCCACAUCUCCACCCCGAGAAAAACGUCAUCAGUGGGGUAGAUGUUUACAAGAACGGACGAAUUCGACAUGAAAUAAAACAUGAUCUGGAGAAAAAGACAACAUCCGUUCCCCCACCAUCGAGGAAUAGAUCACACAGUUUGGGAUCUGAGGGCGAGCCCGCCUCACCAGUUGUUGGAUCCCCCAACUCAAGUUCUGGAUCCCCACUGUCAUCCUCAUUACCGGAAGGGUUUUUGACCAAAGCCCUUCAGAUGGACAGGACACGUACAACUGAUGAAAAACAUAUAAAAGAGGACCUAGACUUUUUGUGGCAAUAGACAUAUAUGGAGGUCAAUUAUCUGUAGACAUUGUACAUAGUAUUGAAUUAGGUGAAGCAAUAUUUGCACUGAUUCAUUAUUUUUUUGAAUGAAGCAAGUUGAUGGGUGUUGAGGUUUUAUGUAUAUAUUCAUGUUUAUAUUUAAAAAUUGAUUUUGAUUAUGUCAGAUAGAGACAUCAAUGUUUUAUAAAAUAUUUUAU